AAACCCCAAGAGACAGAGUAAUAUGUAAAACGAAAGCAAUUUCCAUUCUUCUAAAACCCUAUUUACUCCAAAAAGAAAAGAACACUCUCAGUCUCUCACUGUCGCGCUCUCAAUUUAUUCGAAAUGCUGGUCUUGAUAGCUUGAAUCGAGCUCCAAGGGUUUUUCGAGUACAGUUUGGCAUUGGGCAGCUCAUAAUCAGAAUAAGGGGUGAGCGGACAGUGAUGGCGCAAAAACCAAAAGUUCAGGCAGCCCUUAAAGCAAUGGCAGAGCUUGGUAUUAAUGAAAAACAGGUCAAACCAGUGUUGAAGAGACUUUUUAAGUUAUUUGACAAAAACUGGGAACUGAUCGAAGCAGAGAAUUAUAGAGUGCUUAUAGAUGCUAUAUUUGAUGAGGAGGAAAAUGAGAUUGUGGAAGAGAAGAAGAAUUGCAAGAACUACGAUGAGGAAGAUAUGGAGGAAGAACCUCAAGUGCGUCAUGAAGCUAGUCGUACCUCAAAAAGGUUACAUUCAAGCGGUCAUGAGAGUUCAUCACAGAAGAAGAAAUCCACAAAUGCUGAUCUGGAGAGUGAUAUGGAGGAAGAAUUGCCGCUGCCUCAUCAGCGGGAACGUCCCCUUAAAAGGUUGCGAAAAAGUCAUGAGGGUCAGGUUUCACCAUUCCCAAAUACCUGCAACCCUAUGUUAGGUGAUACUUCAUCGGUAAGACCAAAAGUUGAGAAAGAUGAGCUACUUGGUACUCGUUCUCCCCAGCAGCUACGGGACAUUACACGGUCACCUGAGUCAAGGGCAGAAUUGCAGCAACCAAUUUCACCCCAUAUUGGUAAUAAAAACAAAGGCAAGCAACCUGUUAUGUCUAAACCCUUGGCACCUCACGGAGUACGCUUUAAGGAGCUGGUGGUGGCAGAACCAGGCAUCAUUCUUUUGCCUAAACAGAAUGUUAACACUCAUCAAUUACUGAAGCCUAAAGAUGAGCCCUUCACUGAUGACAUGGCACAAGAUGAGGUUCCUAUUGCAGCCAUUCUACCUGAUCCCUCAAGUGAAGAAAACCCUAUACUCCAAGAUGGUGCAACCGUGGAACAGAAUGAUCAAGAACAUGUGGCAUCCCAAGAGAAAGAAAGUACAACAAAUGGUAUUCAAGCUUCAUAUAAUGAGGGGAAUACAAACUCUGAGCUUGCAACCAUUGAAGAGGAAUCUCCUUCUAACUUAGAAAUUGCCUCUUCACCCUUAGGAGAGGUAAAGCUUUCUUUCAGUUGUAAUUCAGCUAUUGGAAGACCAGAUUUUCAUAUGCCUAAUCUAGACGCCGUUAUAAAAUUGACGGAGGAAAAAUGUCUGCACUCAUACAAAAUUAUUGACCCAAACUUUUCUCUAAAGAAUCUGUUGGCGCAUAUGUGUGAGAGCUUUUUGGAAUUGGGAUCUAAUUCCAAUAGUGAAUCACAGGAUGGAUCAAUUAGUGUAGCGCCAAAUCUUGAUGCAUUGAGAAAAACUACUGCUUGGGAUGCUGGUGGUGGAACUAAGGAACUACUAUGUAUGCAGUCAUUUUCUUUAAACGGAUCUGUUAGUAUUGAACACCCUACUGUGGUUACUGCUUCUCAAGUUCCAAGACUUCCCUUGUCUUUGAAUGGUUUUGGUGAAUGCAGAGAAGCCUGUGGGAGGACUGCUUCUAAUGGUUUUUCUGAGGUUAAUAAGGAAGGUGGAUUGGAAGACUCUCGUGAUCUGGUUGUUGUUCAACAGUCUGAUCUGACGACUGAUGAUUUAAGGGCUUAUCAUGAUAUAAAUGAUAUAACUAAAGGAGCAGAAAGAGUCACAAUACCAUGGGUAAAUGAAAUGAACAGCGAGUGUCCACUAUCCUUCUUCUACAUCUCCCGAAGCCUUGUUUUCCAAGACGCUGAUGUUAACUUCUGUCUUUCUGGUAUUGGGGAUGGGGAUUGCUGCUCAACUUGCUUAGGUGAUUGCCUAUCAGUGCCUGUACGUUGUGCUUGUGCAUGUCAGACUGGGGGGGAGUUUGCUUACACCCCAGAAGGCCUUGUUAAGGAUGAUUUCUUGGAAGAGUGUAUCUCUAUGACUCGCAGUCCUCAACAACAUCAUCCCUUAUAUUGUAAAAGCUGCCCACUUGAAAGAGUAAAGAAUGAUGAUUGUUUAGAACCAUGCAAAGGCCACUCAAGGAGAAAGUUUAUCAAAGAAUGCUGGAGCAAAUGUGGCUGCGUCAUGCAAUGUGGCAAUCGAGUGGUCCAGAGAGGCUUAAAUUGCAAGUUGCAGGUAUUUUUUACUUCUGACGGAAAAGGUUGGGGUCUACGAACCUUAGAGGACUUGCCAAAAGGCGCCUUUGUGUGUGAGUAUGUUGGAGAAGUGCUAACCAGCAAAGAGUUACAGGAGAGGAACAUUCAAAGCGCCAGAAGUGGGAAACGUCCCUAUCCAGUGCUCCUGGAUGCAAACUGGGGUUUGAAAGCGGAUUUGAGGAAUGAAGAAGCUCUCUGUUUGGAUGCAACAAAAUAUGGAAAUGUUGCUAGGUUUAUUAAUCACAGAUGUUUGGAUGCAAACUUGGUUGAAAUCCCAGUUGAAGUGGAGACCCCGGAUCAUUGCUACUAUCAUAUUGCUUUCUUCACAACAAGAAAAGUGGAUGCUUUGGAAGAGCUUAAUUGGGAUUAUGGCAUUGACUUUGACGACCAUGAUCAUCCUGUUAAGGUGUUCCAGUGCCGAUGUGGUAGUAAAUUUUGCAGGAACAUGAAACGUUCAAAUAGAUCUAGAUCUGCAUCAAUUGCAGCAUGAACGUCGGAGGGUCAGUUCAUGGAUAGUGGGUAGUGGCUACCUUCUCUUUUGGUUCAAUAUCAAGGAUAGGUGUAAAACUGAGGAUAGAUCUUGUUGGAUGAUUUUGUACAGGGUUUUAUACAUGUAUAGCCAAUUUGGUGUCUAAUGCUAUCGAUGAUAAUUUAAAAGCCAGACACCGCAGCUUUCGAUGUUGGCAGAGGCUAGACUGCUAAAAUUACUCAAAAGUUCUAUAUAUGGUUGCUGCUAUGUAAGGCUAGAUAUUUUGUGUUUUAUAAAUAGAAUAUGUAGCCAGAAAUGUGUAUUCUACUUUUAUUAUCAUAUUUGGGUGCACCCAAGUGUACAAAUAUAAGGAAAAAGGCCUUGAGUGUGAAGGCAGAUGAAGAAACUCAA